AUGGCAUACAUCUCAAACGCUCGAUCAGUCGCGGGUGAGCUCGGUGGAAAGCACCUCCAGAACCACAAGCUUGUCCCCGACGCAACCGCUCAGCCCUGCUACAGUAAUCCACGGACCUCGAGCUCAAACACUGCACCAAAGAGCCUACAUACGACUGAAGGUCGUGGGGAUGGACAAGAAGCCACGGAAGAGGCUGCUGAUGAAGACGAAGAAGACGACAGCGCCACACUCCAGGACGACGACGAGACAGACGAAGAUAUACCACUCUCGUUCCAUGGUCGCGGCAAAGGGAAAGGCAAGGGCAAAGGUCCUGCUAUCCGGAUUGAGCCUGUCGAUGAUGACGAGACCGACAAGGACGACGACGAUGCUUCGUCCAAUGGAACGGGGCUCAUUCCCAGUAAACACCCGGUGAACCAGCUUCUGAUGCAAAACAAAAAGCGUACCUUCAGCAACCUUUCAAGCACAUCGGUUCUCUUCGGAGAUGACACAACCGAUCAGGGAGUAUUUCCAAGGCGUAAGAUGGCAAAGAAGCUCAGCAACGCGGGCCCUAAACCUCUACUGACUUACAAGGAGAGUGAUUCACAUGAGCAUGCCAUCGACAGCGAUGACGAAGAUUACAGCGGUGUCAACCUAAUCCCUGAUGAUGAUGAAUUUGACAUGGAGACGAUGGAGCAGCAAGAAGAGAACUUCAUUGCACAGGAGCAGGAGCAACAGGCAACUGCUCUUCUCAACCAGUUUCGUGAUGCUCGCCGGCUCAGUCUUGAGAGUUCUGCUAGUGACGACAUCUUCGGUGUCACUGCGCCUCUCAGCGAGUCUUACAUGGCCGGUCUGACAGACUUUGGUUUUGCUCAAUUCUUUGAACCAGAGGCUCUGCCUGCGUCUCCAGACCCAGCUGCUAAAAGAAAAUACUCGGACAGCUCAACGAAGCGUGUUCGCUUCGACGACGAGGUUCAAGUAUCAGAAGACUCCGAGUCCGAAUCUUCAGAGCUCGACAGCAGCGUCUUUCCCGAUUUGUUUCUUGACCAAGACAAAUUGCCCCCCAUUUUGCACCAGCUGUUGGAGGCCGAGAAUGACGACGACAAUGGCGACGUAGGCUCUCCUAUGUCUGAUGCUUCAUUCUGGGACUUCAACCACGAUGAAUCACGCGUUACCCAGGCGGACGACUCCGAUGACGAAUCGUCUGCUGGCUCUAGCGGCUAUGAAACUGACGAGGGUGAUACUACUGAUGAAGAAGACUUUGGGUCUGACGUACCCCCGCAAACACCUCUACAGAAGAAAUCUGUGCUGCAACAGCCACUCUCAGCGCCAGGGUCCAGAGCUGGCACACCCAAGCCCUUCGCACGAAGCAACCGCCCCACAGGCCGUCAGAUUCCACCUCUGCGUGGCGUCUUUGUGCACAAGGAAAGGAACGCAGCUAUCGCUGUGACAAAUGGAGCUACCAAGACAGUGACUUUCUAUCGUCCCCGCACACAAGCUAUUCCAUGGAUCCCUAUCAACGGCACCCACAGUAGUACAAGCAGCACAGCAAACAACAGCCCCCGGGCCUCACUUGCACAAUUCGGCAACGUCUCAGACAGCGAAGCUGAAGCUCUCAAUAAUGCGCUGAGCACAGACAUUAUGCUCACUGGCAUCUUUGGGUCUGCUCCUGGAAACGACUACUUCUUCAGCAACGACAACGUUGGGCCUCCUGAAGCUUUCUACCCUUUCGUUAGUCUCGGAUCAAACGGAAGCAUAGAUGCUUUUGAUGAAGACGACUUCGAGUCCGAAGACUACGAAGACGAUCUCAACAUUGGCGACUUCAUGGACUUCGGUGAUGACUCCGACAACUCCGACUUGGAAGACGAUGGCGAGGAGACCGAUGCGCCAACAACACCAGGUGCUUCACAGACCAACGGUGCCACCUCCGUCCAAGCCACUCCGAUUGAGGAGACACCUGGUAACCGCAAGAGAACCACAUCGGAUGUUAUGCUGGAGCACUUUGACCGCGGAGUAGUUACUGCAUUCCGCAACAACCAGAACCGCUACCGCGAUGUCGCUUCGCUUCCUUCCGAUCCCACCGCUCGUAACGCUGUAUCACGCCCUGUUCGAUCUGGCAAGUCUGCUGAUGCUCUCAUCACUCCCCUUCGCAAACGUUCCAAGUCAAACAGGAUGGCAAAGUCUCCAAUGGUGCCGAUUCCGCAGAGCUCGCCGCUGGCUAGCGUCAGCAAGACCCAAGGCUCAAUGGCCGCCCCCCGCCGCCCCCCUCCUAGGAUGGGCACCUUCUCUUAG